ACAAAUAGCAAAAGGUGCAUCGGCUGUGAGAGGGACGCAUCUCUCUCCCACCAGCACAGACCUGCAGAUGAACAAGGAUACUGCUGCCUUUUCCUCAGGACUGUACACAAGGGAAACAUGAGUCUUGAUGGAGACACAUUAUCAGUGAUUGAGAACCCAGCGGCUGUCAGUCAUCCCUUUCACUCAGAGAACACAGCAGGAGUUGCAGGGACCAAAGGAGCGCAGGGCUGGUUAAAAGGCAUUCAUUCUACGACUCACGCUCACAGGCUGCUGAGGCUGCUGGCAGCAGUGUGUGCAGUUGGACUCCUGGGAGGCUUAGCCGUAGGUGUCUGGUUUCUAGUCAGACUUCUGCUGAGGCCAUCCUCCUCCCAAAGUCCACUGGGACUUGGGGACACAAAAGAGACGGCUUUCUGCAAUGUGACAGAGGAUGUUUCUGUCUUCAGUCCCAGGAAAGUGUUUUACAGAAUCAGCCCGGAGAACUCCCUCCUGGAAAUCCAGCUGGGGAAGCUUCCCACCUGGCUGCCAGUGUGCAGCUAUAGAUGGAAUUCUUCACUGGGAACACUGGUCUGCAGACAGCUGGGCUAUCUGAGGCUGGCCAAGCAUAAAGGAGUGAACCUCACUGAUAUUGGGCCAAACUAUACUGAUGGCUUUAUACAAAUUACCUCAGAACACAAGAGCCCUCUGGAAAAUAUAUGGCAGUUCAGGGGGAGCUGUAGCACAAGGAAGGUUAUCGCUUUGCAAUGUUUUGAGUGUGGCACACGAGCAAAGCUGCCCAGGAUAAUUGGGGGAGUAGAGGCCGCGCUGGGCAGGUGGCCCUGGCAGGUCAGCCUCUACUACAGCAACCGUCACACCUGUGGAGGCUCUAUCAUCACUAGUCAGUGGGUAGUCACAGCUGCCCACUGUGUGCACAACUACAGGCUGCCUCAGGUGUCCAGCUGGGUGGUCUACGCUGGUAUUGUCACCCGCAGUUCAACAAAAAUGACUCAGCACACAGGAUAUGUCGUGGAGAAGAUCAUCUAUAACAAGAACUACAACCACAGGAGCCAUGACGGUGAUAUAGCCCUGAUGAAACUGCGGACCCCGCUGAAUUUCUCAGACACAGUUAGGCCCAUCUGCCUGCCUCGGUACGACGAUGAUCAUCCAGGAGGUACACGGUGCUGGAUCUCUGGCUGGGGAUACACACAGCCUGAUAGUGUCCACUCACCUGACUCCCUGAAAGAGGCACCAGUUCCCAUAAUAAGCACAAAGAAGUGUAACAGCUCUUGCAUGUAUAACGGAGAGAUCACACCUCGGAUGCUUUGCGCAGGAUACACAGAGGGAAAAGUGGAUGCCUGUCAGGGGGACAGUGGGGGUCCUCUGGUUUGCCAGGAUGAAAAUGUGUGGAGGCUGGUAGGGGUCGUCAGCUGGGGGACAGGCUGCGCUGAGCCCAACCAUCCUGGGGUUUACACCAAAGUGGCUGAAUUCUUGGGCUGGAUCUACGAAAUGAUUGAGAAUUACUGAAGAGGACUCAAGCACGAAAAGCAAAGGCUACUACUGUAAAUCACAUUUAAUCUUUUUACUAUAAAUGUCCUUUAUAUAAUGUAGGCUACACAUAAGACUGACUGAAGACAUUAACAUGUAUUUCUACAUUAC